CAUUGGAAAACUGGGAAGCUUUUUCUCUCGGAAGUAGUAGGGAGACGAGAGGCGGCUCAGAAGUCAACUAUCAACGAAGGAAAACCCCAUUGCCGACAUGGCUUUUGCUAAUAUCGCCGUGGCCGAGAGCCAGUUCAAGUGUGCCAUCUGUCUGGACCUGCUGAGAGAGCCCGUGUCCAUCUCCUGCGGACACACCUACUGCAUGUCGUGCAUCAGCCACUACUGGGACCAGGCGGAGUCCCCGGAGUUCCGCUGCCCCCAGUGCCGGGAGACCUUCAGUCCUCGGCCGGUGCUGCGCAGGAACACGGUUCUGGCCGAGGUGGUGGACCAGCUGGCGCUGAGCGAGGCGGCGGGGCCGCCGGAGCGGUUCUCCGGGGCGGUCGGGGAGGUUCCCUGCGACUUCUGCCCGGCGGAGAGCCGGCUGCGGGCCGGCAGGUCCUGCCUGGUGUGUCUGGCGUCCUUCUGCGACCUGCACGUCCUGCCGCACCGCCAGGUCGGCACCUUGAGGCGGCACCGGCUGGUGGCGGCGCUGGAGGGUCUGGCGGACCGGCUGUGUGCCCAGCACCGCCUGGGUCUGCAGCCCGAGGAGGCCGGGGAGGAGCCGGUGUGGAGCGGGGACUGUCCGCUGUGCGAGGACCGGGAGGAGGCCAGCGGGGUGGACGCCCAGAGAGCCAGGAGACAGCUGCAGCUCCAGGAGUCUCAGAGGAUGGUCCAGGGGAGGAUACAGACUGGUGAGAGGGAGCUGGCAGAGUUUCAGCAAAGCUUGGAGUCCCUCAAGCUCUCGGCAUCUGUGGUUCUGGAGGACAGCGAAGCCCUGUUUGCUGACAUGGCACAGCGUCUGGAGAAAACUAAGGCUGAGGUUCGAGCAACGCUGGAGGCGAAGGAGCGAGCAGUGGUCGGAAGAGCCCAACGAGACGUAGAGCUGCUGGAGAACGACCUGGCGGAGCUGAGGGGGAAAGACGAGGAGAUGAGCCAGCUUCUGCAGACAGAAGACAACAGCCUUUUCUUACAGGCAGCGCCCCUGCUCUGUGUCCCUCUGACCACUGAUCGGCCCUCCAGAGUGUUCAGCCUGUCUACAGAGGCCUUCAGUGGUGCGAGAAGAGCUCUCUGCAACCUGCGCAGUCGCAUGGAAGAAGUCUGCAGGGAGGAGGUUGACAAUAUCAGCCAUGCAGUUACAGAGAACCACGCCCCUAGAGGAGAGUGUGUAAAAGGUGGGCCAAAUCUUGAGAACUCCAAACCUCCACAGUGUCAACCUGCAAGGCAACACACCAGUACGGCAGGGGGGUUAUCGUUCCCCCUCUCCGCUCUGUCCUUGCAGUCAGCUGAUCAGAGGAUGAGGGCAGUUUUUCUCAGAUUUUCUUGCCGUCUGUCACUGGAUCCCAACACAGCCCACCCGACUCUGAUCCUCCUGGAUGGGCUUCAAGGCGCCCACUGUGGCGAGGAUCUGCAGUCCUACCCCCCUCACCCCCAUCGCUUUGACUCAAUGGCACAAGUCCUGUGCAGGGAGGGCCGGUUCAGUGACGCCAGCUACUGGGAGGUGGAGUGGAGGGGCGGAGGAUGGAUAGACAUUGGUGUCACUUAUCAAGCAAUUGGACGCAAAGGUGGCGGAAAGCCUUGCCUGCUCGGGCGCAACGAGAAUUCCUGGCGCUUGAGGUGCACGCAUGCUGGGUACGCCGCCUGGCACGAUAACCGCAAGACCACAGUGGCUGCGCCGCCCUGCCCGAGGAUCGGUGUGUUCCUACAGCGCCAGAAGGGCUCCUUGUCCUUCUACAGCGUGUCAGACACGGUGGUCCUCCUACACACUUUCCAUUGCCAGUUCUCUCAGCCGUUGUACCCGGCUUUCCGUCUGGACCUGGACUCCACCUUGCUCAUCUGCCCAUCUGCAACACGCUUAAUGAAUCCAAUUACAACUCCCUCAUUCCCCCAGGACCCUUAAAAUAUCUGCUGUAGGACAGGGCGUUAACUUUAGCUGCACGGAGCUGCACUGAGCACGUAUUCAAGUGUCUGAAAUGACUCAAAUCAAAGCAGGUGUAACCCAACCCUGUCACCUUGCCCCGGACAGCCCGAGUCUGACAAUCUGUCAUUCUCUUGGGUUGGUCCGAGACGUCACAGAUCCAGAUCAGGGGCCUCAUUUAUAAAAGAGUGAGUAGGAUUCAUACUAAAAGUGCACGUGCGCCCAAAAGGCGAAAAUGGCAUGCGCACAAAAAAAUCUGGAUUUAUAAAACCGCGUGCAUGCACACUUGCACGCAAUGUUCGCUUUAUAAAUCACAGUCCAGCUGGAAGGUUGCGCAAGUGAAUUUGGCUCAUACCCCGCCCUCUACACGCCCACUCUCUACCAUAAAUGGGCAAUGGAAAGAACUUGAUGACUGUAUUUGCAUAUAAAUGAGCCUGCUGAGCAUGCGCAGCGGCUUCCUGCAGCCUGUUUCUACUGCGCGAGACGUGUCGAGCCACCGUGCCGCUAAAUUUCACUGAGACUGAGAUCGAGAUCUUGUGGAUGAGGUGGAGGCCAGGAAAACCACAUUAUUUGGUGCUCACAGUAAAAGUAUAAAUAGUAUAAAAUAAAGUGAGUGAGUGGCAGCACGUCGUUGCUGCGCUAAACGCAGAUCUGUUGCAGAAAAAAAAGAAGUGGUGUGAUUUGAAGGUGGAGGCCAAGAGAUACGGAGCCCCUAAAGGG